AUGAAGCAUGGAACAAAUAACUUGCGAGGAAUUUAUCUAACUUUUGAUUGGUAGAUCUACUCACGGAACAUUCUGUAUUUUUGACAGUUCCAACCGAGUUUUGGAUAUUUUACAUCGUCCUUUUGAUGUUUCGUUCAAGUUCAUAAUUUCAAAUUUGUUUAAAAUUUAAAGCUGCAAAUGAGUUUUAUUUUCAUAAAGCCUCUUCUACUGGCGCCUUCUACUAUGUCUGUGAAUUGAGCAAUCUGAUAUUGCACUGUUUUUUCUCCUGACGCUAGUUCUGCUCAACAUUCACAGCGAGUUCAUUGACCUAAUGACCGUUUGCAUAACCCAUUUCUAUGACCAACUCUUGUCAAAUUUGUUCAAAAUUUAAAGCUGCAAAUGAGUUUUAUUUUCAUAAAGCCUCUGCACUGCUUUUUUCUAAUUCCUUUAGAAAUUCGUGCUUUAGACUUCUGACCUAAUGACCGUUUGCAUAACCCAUUUCUAUGACCAAAUCUUGUCAACCCAAAGCUUACAAAUAAAGAGGCUCUUAAAAGCUCUUCAUUAUUUUAAUAUCACACUUUAUUGUAAAAUUCUUGUUCUAGGCAGGAGACUUUGAUUUCUGUCAUUUGAUGUAAAGAUAGAAGAGCACUGACAAGGAUGUCAAACAUUUAGGGUUUAAAUAAUAAUAAAGGGAAUGUUUAGGUACCAAGCAACAUGACCUCUGAUCGGUAACCAGAGCUUCUGAUAGCCAACAAACAUCAGAGGUAACAGUCCAUGAUCGGAAAUUUAUGUGAUGUCACGUAGUUUAAAAUCAACCUUGUUGGUUUCCCCUAAAUAUUCGUGCAUAUUCAAGAAACUAGCCGGUUUUCGCAUGCGUUUAGUAAAUUAACCUCUGUUUUAUUUCAUAUCAAUAUUUUAAAGCUAAAGCUCCCGAUGACAAAUUCUUUUUUAUAAAUCCCAAUAGGCAACCAUCCAAUCAAAACUCAUUGAGAAUUCCCCAAUCAAAUUCAUUUUUCCUUCAUAUAUAAGGCCUUUAGAAGCUUACAUUUUACUCCCAGACUUUCAAUGCGUCUUAUGUAUGUAUAUGCGGCUAUGCUUUCGAACCAUUCCUUUAAUGAUAGAUAAGUUACACAUAAGGUCGCUUCUAGGUCAUUCUAUGCUAGUCUGCACAUUGUCCAGGAAAUAUUCUUUAUAAUUCAGAGCUGGUUUUCCCUUUACUGCGCAGCAUCGGUCGCCUUAACUCAAUCAGGACAUAUUUUAGAUUAAUGAAUUUUCCGCAAAAUUGACUCUAACGGAAGUGCAAAUUUUGAACAUCAUUUAUGCGAGUCUACUUAAAAUCCAGCCAUUUAACUCAACACCUCCUUUACACCCAUCCAGGAAUAUGAGUCCUUUUAAUUUCCUCAUUGUUGCCGGCGUACUGGUCUUGGGCCUAUUCAGCAUAGCCCAUUCGGCCCGUAUCAUGGACGAUGAACUACCUUUCGGAUCAUCUGAACGGUCUAGCCAUGAAGAAAUACACGAACUUCUAAAGGAAUUAGAAGAGGUUCUGCAAGGAUUUCCACGGAAACGGCUGCAUCUUCUCACAUCCAUUCUCGCCGAUUUCAUUAAGGUGAGGUCAAUUCGAGAAACUUUUCUGAUAAGACACAUUUAUCUAAACAUGAUCCUCCACAUGACAGAAGGAUAAUCGUUAAGAAUUUAGAACUUUUCAAGUUUAAAAUUUAUAAUUUGACAGAAUUUUAUGAAGUUUGUGUAACCGCUCAGCAAACGCAAUUUCAAGAUUACGCGCAAACUUGCACUGUGGAAACGUCAAAAUCUUGUAAAACGAGUCAUGUUAUUAUGUAUUCGGAGUAUUAGCUUCGUGAAAAGUUGUGCUCAUUAGUCGUCCGCUUUCAAGGUCGUUGCUCUCUCAGACGUCAUGAACUUAAGAAGAAACGUCCGUACUUAACAGUUGCGGGCCAGUUACCCAACUUAAAACCAUGAGUAAUCAUGAUAAUUAUAUCAGACAUCAGAUUAUGGGCACCAUCAUCCAAAUGAAUAUGCAGUUUAGAUCAAGCAGGUAGAGGAAAAAUCUCCAGUCCGGACACUGCAAAGUACGCCGGGUCUUGAUCGUUAGAAUUCUCCAGGAAAAAUUGCAGCCUAUGGAAUGGCCGCGAUCUAGAAUAGGAAUCGCCAGACAUGGGCGGAGAGGAUUGUUGUAGUCCCAAUUUAUUCUCGUGCGUUAGGGCCUGUGAUCCAGACAAGAGCAGAAAGGCGAGUGAUUGACCGCCAUCGGCUGCAUUAUCUAAGGUCUGGGUGACAGACUGCAAGGUCAACGAUAUUUCUAUGUACACGAGACCAUGCAAAGCGACCGGGGACUACUACAAUUUCCAUUAGUAGUAAAAUGUAUUAAGUUGGUUCGACUCUAAAUACAGAACGCGAGCGCCAGAUCAUUUUAACAAAGCAUAUUUCGGUAAAUGUUUUACGUUUUUGAGCGACCUAUUCUAGAACAUAAUUGCACAUAUAUAAAACGACUGUCGACAUUUAACUGUGAGCAUCACUUUUCAUGAAAUAACUAUUUUGGGCUGGCAUUUGCCUACGAUAUUUGACAGCUUCGAAAAUUGGUCAGGUGUUUCUUUUGGUCAGAAGAUAACGAAACCGAUAGUUUACCUGUCUUUUAUAACACGUCUGAGCAGAAAUGCACCAAUCUAUCCUCAAGAACCGUGUAAACUUUCGAUCUACGGAGACGCAGCUCGUAAUAAUCGGAACUUUAAAGUUGCUUAUCGGAAAUGACUUCUGUCAGUGAAAGCACAAAGACAAAAGUUUUAAAGUCGUAUUUUGCUUUAUAGCUCCUGCAUGCCUUCGAAAACGCUCGCUGUCCAUCUGCAGUGGACAUUCCGGCACCGCUUACUAAAGCCUACAUGUAAAAAUCUAAAUAGACUAAAGAAGACGCAGAAGCUAAGGAAAUAAUGUUCUAAAUAUGUCUGCUAAAUGAAACGUAUUAGGUGUGAGCUGUGGUUACUCCUUAAUGACACUUGGAACUUCAUUUUUAUUUUGACACUUUUUACCACUUGUUUUGGUGAUUUACUUUUAGUUCGUCUCUUCAAAGAACUCGGGAUAUUCAGAAGAUUUGGGUAAUUUGUUUAAAGAUUUACGCAGCCGUUUUUAAGACAAUCUGCUAGUAAAACGUAAGUACACGUUUUUGCGUGGCUGA